AUGUCCAUGUCCGCCCAGAAACGCGUCCGAGGCGUCACGGUUUUCCGGCCAAUCAUCUACGGCAACUCGACAGUCCUCUUGACGGAGGAAGAGCGCAUCGGGACGGAUCACACGCAUCGCUGGACGGUCGGAGUACGAAGCGCGGCCUCGCAACCGUACCCGAAUCAGCAUCCGAAUCAGCAGAUUGGUGGAGCGGAUGACUUGAGCUACAUGAUCAAGAAGGUCACCUUCAAGCUGUACGAAACGUACAAGAAUCCGCUAAGAUCCAUCGAGCAACCGCCGUUCGAAGUCACCGAGACGGGCUGGGGCGAGUUCGACAUCAUCAUCAAAGUCUUCUUCGCGCCCGAAUCGAACGAAAAGCCCCUCACCUUCAACCACCACCUCAAGCUGCACCCCUGGCCCGUCGACCCAAUCCUCUAUUCCCAACCCACCUCGACCGGCGAACCCGUCCUGUCGGAAGAAGGCCAGCCUCCGCCUCCUCCGCCCGUACUCAGCCCCGUCCAUUCGUGGCAGUACGAAGAGGUCGUCUUUACCGAACCGACAGAGGCGUUCUACGCGACCCUGCUCGAACACAAGCCCACUCCCCUGCCGCGGACGAACCGGCACCCGAAGCUGUUGACGCACCCGCUGAGUGCGGGAGGCAACAUCGGAGAGUUCUCACAGGGGAUGGAGGCGGAAGAAGGGAGGAGGCUCGACAAGGCGAGGGAGAAGACGCUCGAGCAGAUCGAGGAGUUGCGGAAACAGCUCGUCGAGUACGAGGUCGAGUUGCAGGGCAUGAAGAAGGAGGUCGACGAGAUUCAGCGGGAGCAGGCUGCUGCUGCCGCCGCUUAG